CUCCUACAGCCAGAGGGGAAAGGGAGGCACGGACUGCAGAGGCCCUGUCUUACAGUCUGUUGUGUUUUAUCCGUCCUCAAUCGGCUAUUUUGCUUUAUUUUUAGCAUUUAAAGGUGCCUUGCUCCCCUGAGGAAUGAAGGCAGCCGCAAAAAAGAGCAACAAUACCGCAUUUCGCACCAAGUGACCCUGGGAAUCCAUAUUCUCAUAACUGGACCUUUAAUCUUCGCUCUUCUAUUCCUCCAGCCCAGUUUUGCUGAAUGGAGCAGCAGCAUCAGCAGGGCCCCUGUAGCUUCAUCCCAGGCGGCUCUGCAGCCUGCGGGGCCGGGGUGCCCAGUCAGCCCACCAUGCGCUUGUCCAUCACCUCCACCACUGGGAGUGAGGCUGAGCUCUCCGUCCCCCGAGGAGAGACGGUGGAAGGGCUGAAGACAUGCCUAUCCCAGAAACUCAGACUGCCAACAGAUAGGAUUGUCCUCCUGCACAAGGACAGGCAGCUGAAUGCAGGGAGGCUCCUGGACCUGGGUGUAGCAGAUGAGAGCAAGCUGACUCUGGUCCCUACCGUUGAAGCUGGUCUGGCAACUACCAGAACAGACAGAACUAUGACACGAGCUUUGGAAAAUCUAACAGAAGCUCAGAUCAGUGACUUCCUGUCUGGGCGUUCGCCUUUGACCAUUUCUCUGGGAAUCGGUGCCCACGUGAUGUACGUCCAGCUCCAGCUGGCUAACCAAAAUGCAGUGGGACCCCAGCAGCACAAGGAUCCAAGCAGCGCCAAACUGCAAGCUGGCCUUUCGGAAGCAUUCAACAUGACCCACCCUCGUCCCGCCUCGACCUGUUCCCCCACCAACACCGCUGCCUCUCCUCCCCCACCUCCCUCCCACAGCCUGUCUCCUGGCCUCCACUCUGCACCCCCUCUCCUGCCAAGCACCCAAAGGCCCAGACUGUCCUCUGACUCAACAACGCCCAACACCUGCUUGUCCAAUAAGGUUCCUGUGAUCUGCCAUCACCACCAUUCAUCUCCUCGUUCCUCCUGUCCUGCUCACUCCACUCACCCCUUACCCCAUAUUGUCCCGGCCCCAGGCAGUCCGCUGCACACUUCUCCACAUCGUCGCUGUGCUCCCGUCCCUUCACCCAGCCCCAGCACCUCCGGUCUGGGACCCCGGAGCCCAGCCACUGCCUCGACCUACCCAGAGAUUACUGGCCAUGAUUUCUCUGCUGCCAAACUAUGCCAGCAGCCAGGCGCAGUCAUUGAAAGUUUUGUGAACCAUUCCCCAGGUGUUUUCUCCGGGACUUUUUCUGGCACUCUGGCCCCUCUCAGCCAGAGUGGCAUCAGCCACCAACGGCAUGGCAUCACUAUCAUCCUGCAGAUCCUCAAUGACCUCCUCAGAGCUACAUGUCAACACCAGGGGGCUCCACCCACCCUUCCCCAAAUGCACUGCUCUGCUUUAAGCACCCCAGGCAGCCCAGUGCUCCCUACAAAGGAGCCCAGCCGAGAAAACUCCCAAACUCUGGUGAUGCAGACAACAGAGUCCCUGAUCAGGAGAGAUACAGGGAUGGAAGGUUACCAUGAGCAAUCGUUUGCAGAGGAGAAUCAGACCCUGCGCUGGAAAGUCGAGCAGCUCCAGUUUUUGAUGCACCAGAGGCGUCUGCGCAGGCGGGCUCGCAGCAGCACAAACCCCACACAAACCUCUCACCCAUACCAGCAUCGUCAUCAUCGCCCCUGGUCCCCCGGACGACAGAGCCACCGUCACAGCAGCGGCACCUUGUCCAUCAACAAGGGAACGUCCCAGGACAAUGUGAAGAUGCAGGUCACUGAGGAAACGCCGUGGAAACCGGAGCUCACCUCUGACCUUGUUGUGGCAUAGGAAAAAGGGCAGCCAAGAGGAUUCUGGGUCAUUAAAGCCUUCUGAGAGAGGAAGCACAUUGGAGGAACUACUUUGUUGCCUUGUUUGUACCUCAAAUACGUUUUAAAAUAUAUUGUGACCUCUAAGACCCUAAUCCCUAAAGACCAAAAGCAACUGGAUCCUCUGCAAGUCACUGUAAUAACACGCUACUUUAUCUGAGUCCGUUCUUUAAUGACACUGACUGUAAGUGUUAGAAUUAUGUAGCAUAUCUCACGCAAGGUUAUGAUGUAUAUUUUUAUGUUACACGUCUUUGUGCCUCGUACAACUUCUACUUCUCUGUCUGAAGAUUUCUUGUAAGCAUUUGUGUCCAUGUAUUCCAAUGCCUUAAGCGUGCAUGUUGUGAAUGUAUUCAAACUGUUAAUAACUGAUCUUUGUUCUUUAUGGAUGUUCUACAAAAUGCUUUUUACAUGCAAUAUAAAAAAAAUAGUGAAUGUGAAUGGUGAGAGAAAGAGAAUCACUUCAAGGAAUAAAAGGAAAUUGCACAGAU